ACGUCUCAGCCUUUCGAGACGGAACAGGAACAACGGGUCGAUGUGCGCAGCUUGAACGUGGAUAACUUUAACGUUGCAUAGUUUAGCCGUUUUAUUUUCGCCACCAAGCACCAGCAAAACUUCUUCUACGGUGUCGUCUGGGCUCCAGGACUAAAGAUGUUCAAUAGACAGACCAGCCUGUGGAUGGGUGACUUGGACCCAUAUAUGGACGAGAACUUCAUCAAGCAGGCCUUCAGCGCUAUGGGAGAAUCACCGUUUGGAGUCAAGAUCAUCACUCACAGGAUAACAGGUGGUUCUGCAGGAUACUGCUUUGUGGAGCUGGCAGACGAAGCGAGCGUCGACCGCUGCGUCCAAAGACUAAACGGAAAACUGGUUCCCGGAUCAAACCCGCCCCGGAAGUUUAAACUAAACUAUGCCACCUACGGGAAAAGGCCAGAGGCAGGGCCGGAGUUCUCAGUGUUUGUGGGCGACUUGGCCACUGAGGUGGACGACUUCCAGCUGCAUCAAGUUUUUAAGAAGUAUCCGUCCUGCAAAGGAGCCAAAGUAGUGACGGACCAGUACGGAUACUCCAGAGGCUACGGCUUCGUCAAGUUCGGGGAGGAGAGCGAGCAGAAAAAGGCCAUCGAGGAGUGCCAGGGAACGAUGCUGGGAGGAAAGCCACUCAGACUCAGUAUCGCUGUAGCCAAGAGCCAGAAGAUGAGCAGCUACCACGGGGCCCAGGGCCAGAAUUACCAUAGCAACUACAACCAGACGCAGUCCGGUUACUACGGCAGCCACAGCGGCGGGGGUCAGGGGGGCUACUACUCCCAGUGGGGGGGCUACGACCAGUACGGCGGCUACAACAGCGGCGGAUACAACAGCGGCUAUAACAGCGGCUACAACAGCUACAACUACAACUACGGGCCCUACGGAUACCCCCCACCGGGUCACAUGAUGCCUCCUCCUCCAAUGGGGAUGCCACCCAUGUCCACCGACAUGACGGGAGCUGCAGAGCAGAGUCACGAGGAGACUGAGGACAUAGAGGAGGACAACGCAGAAGAGCCCAUCCCUGAAUGCGACGUGGAGCUGUGGAACAAAGACUUCAUGCAGCGCAGCGAGGAGCUCUACGACGCCAUGAUGACGUGUCACUGGGAGCCUCUGGACUCUGUCGAAUCCCCCAUCCCCUCCCUCUCUUGAUGGCCUCUUCUGCUUUUCCGUUCUGCUCCCUCUUUUACUCUCGAAUGACGAUUUUGUACUCAAACGCCACACUGACACCUUUAGAAGGCCAGACAGAGUUCACCGUGUCACUGCUUCAUCUGAGUAAAGGCCGGCGGUGCAAACACACGUUGUUGUUCCUCUUUAAAUGCUUAAAAAUGCACACAAACAUUCUGUUGACUGUAAUGUUUACCACGUUGGUAAUAAACAGGAGGUUAGUUAGUAUUCAGUGGAGUUACUGUGUAGUAAAUGCUGUCUAGAGGAUGAAGCGCUGAAGGUGAGCAGAAGCUGUAGCGUCACCAACCGAAUGUUGUGGAUUAGAAUGAUGUCACUGAGGAACAAACGUUUAUUUUUGUUGUAGCGACCGGCAAAAGCUCACGUCAUUAUGGCCCCCGACUUGCAGAGAGGAGAUUGUCUUCUGACGACAAAAGCAACAACGAUGCCUUUACUGUCUUGCCGUGUGCUUGCUGUCAGUCCAGCGCUUUUGUUAGAAUUACUUUGUACAUAAAGACAUCAGGCUUUCUCGUCGCUUUCAUUUUUUUAAUGAAGGAUUUCUCCUCCGUUUGUUUAGAUUGAUCCAGGUGGAGGGUGCAGUAAGGGACGAUGAUGAUGAUGUUGAGUUCACCCAAAAACAACCAGAAAAUGUAUUUAUCUGUUUUCCAGUCAAGAAGCUCAGUGUGUUUCUAUGUAAUGGAUGAAUGGAGCGACGUCCCACUACGCUCUGAAAGAGUACGGGACGGUUUAUGGAGGUUGAGGUGUCAGACUUGAAGGCAGCGUUUGUUUUCUGUUGUUUGAUGGCUGAAGUUUUGUAUGUAUUUUAUUUCUGGAGAUGUUUUAUCAAUAAAACACAUUUAGGAAGGAAA